CCUCCUCUCUCCUCUGUCUCCGACGAUCGAACUUAACAAAUCGGCGAGACCAAAAAAAUGCCCGCCAAGUUAACCCUAAAUUCGCACCGCCGUGUCGUCUCCGUAUUUUCCCAGUAGAUGAUCACGUUCAGACUUGGAGCCUUGAUCCGACGCACUGGUUUCCAGAUAUCUUCAAAUCAAUUCCUUGGCUUUUCAGAAUCAUAUGCUUCUAUUCCUAAAUCACGUUUCUUUUCCAAUGGCACCGACGGCGAAAGUGCGCUCUAUCACCAUGCGCGUUUGUUCCGGAAACCACUAUCUACCGGUUUUAAAUCCAACAUUUCGAACUCCGUGAGCCUUAUGGGUUUCGUUGAUCGACCUAUUCGAGUCAUCGACACCGUUGAACCCGAUAGGUUCGGUGUUUCUACUUUGCUUCGAGUGAAAGACCCGCGUGAUCCGAAUCGGAGCUUUAGGAUACCUCUUAGCAUGUGGGACGUGAUGGCAAGGAAGUGUAUUGCGCAUCUGAAGCCAAAUGAUUUCAUACUUGUAUCAGGCCGCCUUGUUUCUUCUAGUAGCUUAGGUGUAGAUUACCAGGUUAAAGUGACAGAGGUGAAUUAUGUGAUGGCUCCUCCAAGUCAUGUCUUAGAUUCUCAGAUACCCCAAAAGCCAAAAUCAGAAACAGUGUCUCUUAAAUUAGCGAGAGAAGAUGGUAUAGAAGAAUCAAAGAAUGGUAAGAUUCACUUGUGGGAAGCUUUCUUUGCGAAUCCAUAUAAAUGGUGGGACGACAGGAGAGGGAAGAAGAACCCGAGGCAGCCUGACUUCAAGCAUAAAGAUACAGGGGAAGCUCUCUGGCUUGACUCAGAUACACCGGUUUGGGUUACUAUACAACUUGAAUUGUUCAACAAGAGAGAAGCAGAUGGUACACAAGAAUCAGAGAAUCGCAAGAUUCAAUUGUGGCAAGCUUUCUUUGCGAGUCCAUAUGAAUGGCGGGACAAGAGGAGGAACAAGAAGAACACGAGGCAGCCUGACUUCAAGCACAAAGAUACAGAAGAAGGUCUCUGGCUCGACUCAGAUACACCGGCUUGGGUUACUAGACGACUCGAAUUGUUGGACCAGAGAGAAGCAGAUGGUGUAGAAGAAUCCAACAAUGAUGAGAUUUACUUGUGGCAAGUCUUCUUUACGAAUCCAGACGAGUGGUGGGACAACAGGAGAGAUAAGAAGAACCCAAAGCAGCCUGACUUCAAGCAUAAAGAUACAGGUGAAGCUCUCUGGCUUGGGUCAGAUACACCGGUCUGGGUUACUAGACAAAUUGAAUUGCUCGACCAGAGAAACGCAGACGCAAACGCAAACAAACCCAGACAUGAGCCUGGUUACAAGAGUUGUCUAGCCGAUUGGGUUUAGGAGGAGUUGUGUUAUUGGGAUAUCGUAAAGUGUGAUUUAAUAGUAAACACUACCAAAUUAAAAUCCGUAUAAGUACACACGCCCUAAAAUGAAAUAGCAUCAAGAAGAAUCGAACUUGUAAAAGUAUCGAUAUCAAAAUUGCAUUUCAAAUUUUCGUCUUUUUUUCUCAUCAUUUUGGAAUAUGAAUUACUUUAGGUUGGCUCGAACUAUCUUACAGACCGAGUUAUAUAUAUUUGAUGGAACCCAAAUGUUUGCAGCUUUUCGUUCGGCUCGGUGGUGGAUAAUUCUCGGGUCAGUGUUUACCCACCACGGUUCGAAUAGCAUGCACCAAACAAGACAAGAAUCUACUUCGACAUAUGCAUGUGUGUGUAUAUAUAUAUAUAUAUACGAAGUCAAUCGAGGUAUUAUAAAAUACCUUUUUGCUUUGUUUUAUCUGAUACUCUAAUACGCUUAGAUUCUCAUGCU